AUGCUUCGCUCUCGGAUAUCGAGGCUCUGCGCCCGCCAGGCCGCCGCGCCGACGUCAUAUCGACACAGCAGCGGAACAGCAGCGCGCAAAUUCCACGCCAUCUCCCACCACUCCUACCCCCUGACCCGCGCCCUCCUCCCACGAAUCCGAACGACGAGCAAGAGCCCCCACCGCAGCGUACAGAUGCAAACGCCCUUCGAGCCGCUCCGCCCCCCUUCGCCCUCCUCCCUAGGCCAGCCCCAAGCCGCCCGCUCCUACACGCGGACGCGGCGCUGGGGCCGGCGCUUCCUAAUAUUCGCCAGCAUCACCGGCACGAUCUACCUGAUCGACCGACAGGCCUUCGCGUCGGGCAUCGGGCGCUCGCUGCUGACCUUCGGAACGGGGCUCUGGGUCGCGCUGGAUUAUAAGUUGAACUUCCGCGCCGCACCCAUAACGGGCGGCACGAUCGAGGACCUGCACCGGCGGUCCGCGGAGCGGCUCUUCGAUCUCUUACGCGCGAACGGCGGGCUGUACCUCAAGAUCGGGCAGGCGAUCGCGAUGCAGAGCGCGGUGCUGCCGCCUGAGUUCCAGAAGAUGUUCGCGCGCAUGUUCGACGAUGCGCCGCAGGUCGACUGGGCCGGCGUCGAGAGGGUGAUCCGGCAGGACUUUGGCGGCCGCGGGCCCGAGGAGGUGUUUGGGGUGAGCUUCGCCGGCGAGGAGGGCAAGGGACUGAUGGAGCGCAGGGCGCGCGCGAGUGCGAGUGUUGCGCAGGUGCAUUGGGCGAGGCUGCCGGACGGCCGGGAGGUUGCCGUCAAGAUCCAGAAGCCUGAGAUUGCGAAGCAGGUCGGUUGGGAUCUAUGGGCCUUUAAGGUCGUAAUGCGCGUGUAUACUUGGUGGUUCGACCUACCACUGUAUUCCAUGGUACCAUUCAUAACUGAGCGACUCAUGCUGGAGACGGACUUCGAGUCCGAAGCGAGAAAUUCUGAGGUCAUGCGCAAGCUAGUCAACUCGGAACCGAGCCUCAAGGGCCGCGUCUACAUACCCCAGGUCUACCCCGAGUUCACAACGAGGCGCGUUCUUGUCACCGAAUGGAUCGAGGGCGUCCGGCUCUGGGAUAAGGGUGCGACGGGCGGACGCUGGCUCGGCGGCCACGGUGCGGGCUCGGUAGGCGUCCACGGUGCCAAGCUGCCGUUCGGCAAGGAGGACUUGAACGCCGCGCGGAGACAACUGCACGAGAACACGUUCAAGGAGAAGCUGAAGCCGGAGCGGGAGGCCUGGAAGGGCCGGAACGGUAAGGGUGGCCUUGGCCUUUCGGGACGUGAUGUCAUGACUACGAUGGUCGACUUGUUCUCGGCGCAGAUCUUCAAAUGGGGCGUCGUGCAUUGUGAUCCGCACCCAGGCAAUAUCUUCAUCCGACGUCUACCAUCAGGCAAGCCGGAACUGGUACUCAUAGAUCACGGUCUCUACGUGUACAUGUCGCUCAAGUUCCGCCACCAGUACAGCUUAUUCUGGAAAUCACUGAUGACGUUCGACAACGACACGAUCGCCGACAUCACGGCGCAGUGGGGCAUCAAGGCGCCGGACCUGUUCGCGUCGGCGACGCUGAUGCGGCCCUACGACGGCGGCGACGGGAGCACCAAGGGCCGCAUCACGAAGGAGCUGGAGGGCAAGACUGCGGCGGAGCGGCACUACGAGAUGCAGGCGCGCAUAAAGCAGGGCAUCCGCGAGGUGCUGGCCGACGAGGACAAGUGGCCGCAGGAGCUGGUCUUCAUCGGCCGCAACAUGCGCAUCGUGCAGGGCAACAACCAAUUUAUGGGCUCGCCCGUUAAUCGUAUUAAGCUGAUGGGCAACUGGGCGUCGCUGAGCCUGGUGCAGGACCCGGACCUGCCGUUCCGCGAGCGUGUGGUAUUUGCUUGGAAGCAUGUUAUCUUUAAGACGGUGCUGCUGGCGACUGAUGUGGCGUUCUACACGUACAAGCUUCGCCAAUGGCUCGGUUGGGGCGGCGGCAUGGAGGACGAGGUCGAGGCGCGGAUGCGCGUCAUGGCGAAGGACUUUGGUGUUGAGUUGCAGCACGAGGUUUUUGAGGGCUGA